CGUUUAAUUGCGUAACGCGCUCUGUUGAAGGCGUUGCAAUUACUGGAAAGAUAUAAAGUCACAGACGGCGGAGGUCUACAUCGCAUACAUUAAACGACCGCUCGUCAAAUCGCGUCUCCAACGAUCGCGAGUCGGUGCGGAUUGCAGUUCAGAGAGAGAGGACCUUCAUUACAGAGAAGUACUUAGAGAUCACGCAAGUACGUCCGUCACAGCCGUACACUUUCGCGAUGAGUUCGCUGGCUCUACCGCGUGUUUUGGUGACUAGCCAAGACGUGCCCGCCGCUGGCAUCGAUUUGCUUCGCGCAAAAUGCAAUGUCACUAUUGUACCGGCUGAUGUAAGCACUCGGGAACAAGUGUUGCAAGCUCUACCUGGGCAGGACGCCGUAUUCAUUGCCAGCCAUCACAUUGUCAACAGCGAGUUCCUCGAUAUCGCCGGUUCGAAUUUAAAGGUCGUGUCGACGAUGUCUGCUGGAUAUGAUCACUUGGAUGUCCCAGAAAUUAAAAGAAGAGGAAUCAAAGUCGGACACACGCCGAACGUGCUGUCAGCUGCAGUUUCGGAAAUUGCGGUGUUCUUGAUGUUAGCCGCGGCGAGACGCACCCACGAGACUCGUACAAAGCUGGAAAAGGGCGAGACAAGUUUCGGACCGCAGUGGAUGCUGGGACACGAGAUACGAGGUUCUACCGUCGGCAUCUUUGGUCUAGGAAAUAUCGGUCAAGCAACGGUCAAACGAUUAAUGGGAUUUGAAGUAGGGCGCUUCAUCUACACCGGACAUUCCCGCAAGAAAGCAGGUGAUGAACUUGGAGCGACGUUCGUGUCCCAGGACGAGCUUCUGGCACAGAGCGACUUCCUCGUGAUUACGGCGCCUUUAACUAACGAAACUCGAGGACUUUUCGACGACAGCGCUUUUGGUAAAAUGAAAAAGACAGCCGUCUUCGUGAACGUGGCUCGCGGUCAGAUCGUCAAUACCGAUUCCCUCGUGAGAGCUCUUCGUGAUAAGAAAAUAUUCGCCGCCGGACUAGACGUCACCGACCCGGAGCCGCUGCCGCCAGGACACGAGCUUCUAAAAUUACCUAAUGUUGCAAUUGUACCACACGUGGGCAGCGCGACGAUCAAGACCCGUAAUGACAUGUCGACAAUUGCAGCGCAAAAUAUUCUCAACGGCCUCGAGGGUAAACCUUUGGUUCAUCCUUUGUAGUGAAUCGCCUCUUUCGUACGUUAUACCACUUUAUUUAUUUAGAAAUGUUAUUAGAAACGAUUGCUCGAUCAUAUACGAAUUAAUAAAAUUCUGUAACUUUUCUUCAUAUCGCACAAAUGUGACCACCUAAAUUCCAACUUGAUUUCGUAAAGAUUAAAUGAAUUGUAUCCGUUCAGGCAAUCAAGUAAAUAUUUUUACAAAGUGAAUUAUCUCUAAAUAUUCCCCAAAAUCUUGCUUAUCAAAUUCAAUAGUUUAAUUUGUUGUUAUAUUGGAAUGAUUAUAUAAAUGACGCUAUACAGGAUAUCUUCAAAAACUGUACAACCACGCAGUGCAUUAGACGUUUCUUGAAAUCUCACAAGCUCGAAACUUGUCCUAUGUAAAAUCUAUCAAUUUUCAAAAAGCUCUUAACAAUUUAUUUUCAUUACUUACUAAAUUACUUAAUACCAUUAAAGAGUUAACAGGACUCGUGAUUAUAUUAAAAAAAUAUCACGUGUAGUAUUCUUGUAAACAAAUAAAUAAACUAGCUCUGA